AUGCUUGCUCAAAUCUUACAUGAUCUUUAUAUACCACAAGAAUUACUUGAUGAAUUACCAGAAGAUCAAAAACAAAUACUUUUUUGUAAAAUGCGUGAAGAACAAAUACGCCGAUAUAAUGAACGAGAAACAGGAGAAAUAAUAAGAACUAUAAAUACAACUAAAAAAAAGAAACAAGUUACAUUUCGACUUGAUGCUGAUGGUAAUGAAUGGUGUUGGAUCAUGGGUGAAUCUUCGGAAAAUUGUAAUGAGCAAUCUCAUAAUAGAGCCAAUAAUGAAAAUAUGGAAGUUGAAUAUCAAAAUGAAGAUAAACAAUUAAGAAUCAAUACUACUCAUACUUCUAAUUUUCCAGUUACAAAUGGUGUUUUCUAUACAGUACAUCGUGAUGAACGUAAACAAAUUGAAGAAAUUUCAAAUAAUAUUCAAGAAGCGCGUCGUAUCUUUGAACGACUUGAAUCAGAAACUCGACGACUUGCAUUAAGUAAAGAAAGUGAAAUUUUUCAAAAACAACAACAACAACAACGUUCUCAAACUAAUUUAAUACCAAUAAGUCAAUCAGAUUUUGUUGAUGAAAUAUUCUAUCAUGAAAUUGAAAAACGUGCAAAAAAAGCUGAACAAGAAAGACGUGAAGUAGCUCGACGUGCACGAGAUUUAUUUCAUCGACAAUCAUCACAAUUAAAUAUUGAUUUUGAUACAAAUAAUCAAACAAAUUUUAUUCUACAAUCAAUACCAUUAAAUUCAUCUAAUCGUACAAUACCAAUGAAAAAAAAUGUUGAAAUUGAACUUGAUGAAAAAGAAAUUCCUGCUUUUCCAAUAUUUACUUUUGAUAAUUCACAAAAAUUAGAAAAUGAUCAACAAUCAACAUUUGCUACUGUUGAACAUCAACAAUCUAAACCAUUAUCAUCAAUAACACGUGCAGAUAUUCAUCAAUGGUUCUAUACUAAUGAAAUACCUUAUGGUACAUUUCGUUCUUCAAAUGGACAAAUUUAUCCAUGGUUUCAUGGCAUUAUCUCAAGAGCUUAUACAGAACAGCUUCUUUCUUCCAAACCUGUUGGUAGUUAUUUAAUACGUGUCAGUGAAAAAAUAUUUGGUUAUGUUUUAUCUUAUCUUGCAUCAGAUCAUUGUCGUCAUUUACUUAUUGAAGUUACUCAACAAGAACAUGCUUAUCGAUUUUUAGGUGGUGCUAAAAAUGAAUUAUUUCAAAAUCUUGGUCAACUUAUUGAAAAAUAUACUAAUACUCCUAUUCGUUCAAAUUCUACAGAUGUUCUUCGUUAUCCAUGUGGUCAAAUCGAUUCUGAACAAACAGAUUAUGCUGAUUUAUUUAUUGAAAAUACUGAAAAUGAUAAAUUAUAUGAAUAUUUGUAUAUAUCACUUGAUACAACGACAUCAUCACCACAGUCGACAACACAUUUGUAG